AUGUACUCCAAGGCUACCAUUAUCUCCAUCUUCGCUGGCUUCGCCGCCGCCCAGAUCCACCCUGCCGUCGGUGACCCAAAGGGUAACCCCAUCACCCGUCCUUUGAACGAGAUUGUGCCCAAGUGCGAGCCCUUCACCAUCACCUGGGAGCCCACCACCUUCAACACUGUCUCCGUCCUUCUCCUCAAGGGCCCUUCCACCAACGUUGUCAAGUUCGGACCUUCUCUCGCUGAGGGCAUCAAGAACAGCGGCAGCCUGAGCUGGACCCCCGCUGCUGACCUCCCCGUCACCGAGGCCAACCAGGGCUACGGACUCCAGAUCAUUGACGAUGUGACCGGCCAGUACCAGUACAGCACCCAGUUCGGUAUCUCCGCCGGCAAGUGCGGUACCGUCUCUUCGUCUGCUGCUCCUUCAGUUGCUCCUUCAUCUGCUCCCGCCGCUGGUUACCCUGCCUCGUCCGCCCCUGCUGGCUACCCUGCCGAGUCUGCUCCCGCCGGCUACCCUGCCCACACUCCCGUUGCUCCCUCCUCGGUCGCCCCUGCCGCCUCGGUUGCUCCUUACCCCACCACUCUGGCUUCCGCCCCUGCGGCCGUCGGUACCGGUGGUCUCUACCCCAACGGCACCGUCCCCAAGCCCACUGGCGGUAACAGCACCACUCCUCCUCUCCCCGAGCAGACCACCAACGCCGCUGCUGGUCUCUCUGCUGGUCUUGGCCUCGUCGUUGUCCUCUGA